AUGUAUUUAACUGAAAGAAUUAAUUUGCUGAAAGCAACAUGGUUUCCAGCACGAGAUCAAUGCGAAAGAAGCGUGCUUCAUGUGGCGUCACUGAACGGCAAUACUCGACUUGUUCGCUGUCUCGUGUAUUCUGGCUGUCCAAUAAGUUUAAAAGACGGCAUCGGACAAACACCUUUAACCCUAGCGCUGCAUAUGGGUCAUACAGUUACUGCCAAAGUUCUACUUGACUGUGGUGCAUCAGUUCGUGAGCAGUUUUUUUCUUGACACUAUUCCCCCCACAGAGAUUGCUAAAGUUAAGAAAGAAGAACUUAUGAUCGAGUUGAUUGAGCAAAAAAUUAGAGAAGAAGAAGAAAUUAUUAAUCAUAUGAAAUCAAAUUUUAAUAAACCAAUUUCAGACGAAAGCACAGAUAUGGAAACUAGUAGCACUAGCAAGCCCUCAAAUGUUGCAAGAAAAUUAAAUAUCAACGUUGGUGACCAAAAAAACACUGUACUUGUACAAGGCUGUGCAAACCAAUGCCCAGAUGUGUAUGAAUGCCACACACCUGGUGGAGGAGAUUUCCAUUGUCGUGGAUAUGUAAAUGAAUGUAUUGCACGCAUUGCUGGUCCAGGGGGAUUUUGGCAUGUAGUGGAAAACAUAAUGAAAAGGCCAACUGUUAAUCCAUCAUCAUUCAAGUCUAAGUUCAAGGACAACAACUAUAACAACAACGAGGAGGCACUUUUGGAUUAUGACGAUGGUCUUUCAAUUGCCAUGAUCAAGUCUUUCCGAAAGUCACCCUGCUUUCCUGAUGCAUCCGAGUUGGAUCAGUGUUUUAAAGACACGAAAUCCCAUAACAAAAUAUUGAUUGAUAGAUUUAAAGUAUGGGUGAAGCAACAAGAGGAACAGGAUGCCAUAUUUAAAUAUCAAUCCCAAGUUGUCAACCAGUUAAUGCCAAUAACAAGAUGGUAUAAGGAAUCUGUGAGGUAUGUAAUUUGAUUUUUGUGUAGAAUUUGGCAAUUGAACCCACUGCUUCAAUCUGGGACAAAUCCUGUUGUAAGACAUGACAAAUUUCCUAUUUGACCUACACACAUAAAGCAAUUGACCAAAAUAAAUGUCCGCCCGACUAGUGAAUUCGACUCAAUAUUUGGUUUACUAAAUAGUGCUGCUUUACACAAAUUGAAUAUUAUUUAGGUGGGAAAGCAGAGAAAAUUGUAACAUAUUUAUGCAAAAAUAGCCUGCGUGCAGCCUGACUUUAAAUGGAGCUCCCCAUUUAAAGUCAGGCUGCACGCAGGCUAUGCACAAACUGUUAAACAGAAAGCGUUGCAAUUGUUUUGAAGUAACUUUUGUAUGUUAACUUAUUGAACGCAAGCACUCUCCCCUUGACGAGUAAAAUAUUCUGGCAUUAGACAGAGAAAGAUACUAAAGUAGGGUGCUUCAUGGUGCGAUGCAACUUAGUGGGUUAACCAUGCAUUUUACAGAAUAUUUACAUUUAACCAAAUGAAAAAUUGACACAGCAGUUUCAAGAUUAUAUCUGUUAUUAAAAAACUCAUUAUGAGGAAAUAGAAACGAAAUGAAUGUUUAAUCAAUGUUCGCAAAUUGGAUAAAAAUUUGUCCGGAUUUACAUAAACUUCUGCUUUGAUUUUCUCGGCCAUGACAAUGUAUAUUUUUAAAAUUACUUUGCCAAUGAACUCAUAAGAUGGGUCAUUUUUUUUAAGCAUUCCAAUAUCGCUUCCAAUCUUUAUCUGAUAUACAAACUCUUGCCUUUGGCUCAAGUGAAGUCUGUAUAUCAGAUAGAGGUCGGCUGCUCAUGUUUUAACUUGUAUUAAUCUUAUUAAUAACAGCAUAUACUAUAAAUACAAACAAGUCUUUUGGUAAAGUGGUUAUUUUUUUUUUAUUAGGCAUGGAAAUGGCCAUGCAAUUGAAGGUGUCUGGAUGUUCUGCCCUGCUCUUUUUUGCCAAAUGGGUAAAAUAAAUUAUAGAGAUGAGGCAUUUACACACAUUGUCAAUGCUACUGCCAAAUGGCCAUAUGCGUAUCGUCUUAUGUACCAGAGAAAUAAAACUGUUAAUCUUGAAGGUAAGCAAGGAAAGCAACUGGCUGGGGACGAGUGGGUUGAAGACUACCUUGUUAGACCAGUCAAGCAGUUUACAAGUGCUCAAAGUUCAUUUUCUAUGGUUGAACUAAUGUCAUGUAGUGUUAACCUACUGGAAAUGAAUUGCAAGAUGUACAAGGCAAAGGAAGCAUUUGAUAUUCAUCAUACAAGAAAACAUAAGAAGCCAUCAUCUUUGUAUGAUCAAAUCAAAGUAGCUCAGUUUGUAAUUAAAGAAAGAUGGUUUGAAUGCGAACAGAGAAAAGAUGUUCAUCAAUACUCGUGGGCUGGUAAGACAGUCAAGGAAGGGCAAACUGUACCCAAAAAGUGUAUAGAUGCUCUAUCUAAAGGGGCGAAGAAAGCAAGUGAGGAAUUUGUACCAUUUUUACACAGAAAGUUUCCAAUUGAAAUGUUAUAA